AUGCCGAAAGGGGUGGAUCUCGUCGGCCAAUUGAUUCCCAAGGUCUUUGAAGGUUACCUUUCCACGCCGAUCGCCGCGCUUCAAGGUGCAGCUGCCAAGGAUCUCAAACUUUCUCUCCUCGUAUCGGCUGAAUAUCUAAAUAGAUCUCUGGUUUUUUUUGACGCCUACAGUAUUCGAAACUUUCAGGCGCUGCCUUUGAAUUAG